UGAGAAUACCUAACUUCACUAUACUGAUUCGGCUUUAGUCAUUGUUAUUAAAGAUGGCGACAGCCGUGGCACCAAAGGAUGUUGUUACAUAUUUAAGUCAAAAUCAAAAUGUUGCAGACAAAGAAUUGGCUGCAGAGUGGGCACAGCUUGAAGAAUUAUAUAAUAAAAGGCUUUGGCAUCAGCUGACACUCAAAUUAGAAGCAUUUGUGAAACAUCCAUCUCUUUCGAAGGGAGAUAAUUUGGUACAACUAUAUGUUAAUUUUUUAUCUACCUUUGAAAAUAAGAUAAAUCCUUUAUCCUUGGUGGAAAUAUUAGCAGCUGUAAUACAACAGUUUCAAGAUAAACAGGAAGCAAUUAAGUUUUUGGAAAAAACUGAGUCUAAAGUUAAAAGUUGCAAUGAAGCAGUAGCUCUUUGUAAAGUCCUCAUAGGACAGAUUUUGUUGGAUAAAUUAAACAACCAGGAGCAGGCAAAGAAAAUUAUAGAAGAAGUAGAAUCUAUGUUAGAUAAUGCUGAUGGUGUUACCACGGUUCAUGGUAGAUUUUACUUGUUAGCCAGUCGUCUUUAUCGCUUGCAAGGAAAACAUGCUGAAUACUACCGUACUGCUCUAAGAUAUUUGGGUUGUAUCGAUUUAAAUACCUUGAGCAGACAAGAACAAGAACAGCAUGCAUUUUUCCUUGGUUUAGCUGCUCUUUUGGGUGAAGGAGUUUAUAACCUUGGGGAGUUACUAGCACAUUCUGUAUUACAAUCUUUGAAAGGUACCCCCAACUCUUGGUUAGUUGAUCUAUUGCAAGCUUUCAAUGCUGGUGACAUUGCUGCAUUAGAAAGAUUAAAACCACAAUGGAGUAAAGUUGCUGAUUUAGCAGCCCAAGAAUUAAAAUUAAGGCAGAAAAUUUCUCUAUUAUGUCUCAUGGAAAUGACAUUCAAACGGCAAGCAAAUAACAGACAACUAACAUUUGCAGAAAUUUCUCAAGAAACUAGAUUACCCCUCGAUGAAGUAGAAUUGUUAGUAAUGAAAGCUUUAGCUCAAGGUUUAGUCCGUGGUGCUAUCGAUCAAGUAGCAGGAACAGUGAACAUGACAUGGGUACAACCUCGUGUACUGGAUCGUAGUCAAAUAGUUGGAAUGGUUCAAAGACUCGAUGGAUGGUGUAAAGAUGUUAGCUCCAUGGAGCAUUUACUAGAAUCUAGAGCUUCUGACAUUCUUACUCUUUAAUAUUAGGUUCAGGACACUUUCACUGAAACAUUUGUAAUUCGUACUUCUGUGUGUUAAAAUACUCAUUGGCUUACCAUUGUUUUGAAAACUAAAUACACAGUAUAAUAACUGUUACAUGAAACUGAUAGGUAUAUAAUAUUUCUAAAUAACAAAGUAAAAUUAGUUUCAUUUCGAUAAGUCAGUGGGUGCAUGCAGAAGAAAUCAUAAGCUCUACUUUCUUAAAUGCAAAAUUGCAAUAGUAUGUACUGAUGAUUGUAAAAAAAUAUGACCUUGGUUUGAACUUAAUAUCCUGAUGAAAACAAUUUCAUACAAUUUUUAACAUUAUACGUAAAAUAAUGAUUUGGAUUUUGUUUUUGUGUUCCAAACUUUGUACUAUGAUCGAUAUAUUAAUAAUAAUGAUGUACAUUAACAUUC